CACUAGUAUAAAACCAUAAUCCAAAGUAGAAUUCACUUUUUUUUUUCUUUUUGUUUCAAUAAACUUCAUUAUGUCUCGUCCUCAAGAAGAUGGUAUUGUUCGCUUCGGCAACCACAUUUCUCUCAAACACGUCACCACUGGUCGUUAUCUCACCUCCAGAGAAGGUGAAAAUUACGAAGGUGGUUCUGGCCAACAAUUAACUUUUACUGCUGAUGGUAUCCAAGGUGAAGAAAGCACCUGGAUUGUUAUCCCUCCCGUAAUAACCGAAGAAGAAGCUGGUUACGAAGUUGGUUUCGAAGACAAGGUUCGUCUCAAGCAUGUACCUACACGCUCCAACUUGCAUUCUCAUGGUAUUGAAAGCCCUGUUACCGGACAACAAGAAGUGUCUUGUUUUGGUGACGAUGAAAAUUCAGAUGAAAACGAUAUUUGGGAGAUCCUUCAAUACGAUGAAGAUGAUGAAAGAUACGAUGAUUUCUGGCGCGUUGACCAGCCUGUUGUCCUUCGUCAUGUUGAAACUGGUCGAUUCCUUCACUCACAUCCUGUUUCUUUGUCUAAUGGUGAAAAUGAAGUUACUGGCUUUGAAGGAACUGAUGAAAACAACCAAUGGGCCGUUUCUUUUGAUUAAAUAAACAUAGGUUUGAUGUAUCACAAGAGUCUCCAGAAAAAUCCAGGAUAAAAGGCUAUUUUCUGGUACAUGAGCCGUUUUCAAUUUGUGUGCUUGCUUUUAAAAAAAAAGAUAAGGUACAAUAUUCUGUUGAAUGAUGUGGUCAUGAGUAUUGAUGCUCUGAACAAACAAUAAACCAUAAAAACAAAG